AUGGAUAUCCUCAUCUCUGCAAUCGUAGGCGACCUUGUCGGCAGGUCGGCGUCGUUUUUGAUCAGCAAAUACUUCCAGCAGCAACCUGACGUCAACAAGAUUGCCCAGAGGCUACAGAGUGUUGUAUUGAGAAUCGACAUCGUCGUCGAGGAGGCCCAGGGGAGGGACAUCACCAAUCAGGGUAUGCUCUGUCAGCUCAAGAUGUUGAGGCAAGAAAUGUACAGAGGACAUUAUGUUCUUGAUGCGUUGAGAUUCCAAGCCGCCCUCGACGAGGAGGGGGAGGAGGAGGUGAGCCGCUCAUUGGCUGCACUGUGUAAAUCCAGUCCAGCCAAACGGCUUCGUUUCUCGCGCACCAGCAGAAGCAGAAGCAACAGAGAAGCACUGGUAAUUGGCACAAAUAGGAACAUGCGAGAAGAGCUGCAACAGAUGGUUGAUACCCUUGAAGACACCUUGGAUGGUAUGAAGGAGUUUCUUUUCUUCUUGGAGUUAUAUCCUCGGAUGCUCCGCCAACCUUACGGCGCAUAUUUGUUCUUGGACAAUUGCAUGUUUGGUCGCCAAACGGAACGGCAGCGGAUCCUGAAUUUCUUGAUGUGUCCUAGUGCUACUCCAGAUUUGGAUAUACUUCCGAUCGUUGGUCCAAUAAGAGUAGGGAAGAGCACUCUUGUUGAGCAUGUCUGUAGGAAUGAGAGUGUGCGUGAUCGCUUCUCGAUGAUCCUCUUCUUUCCAGAAGGCAGUGUCAAGGAUGAAGGAGUGAUCGACCUGAGAGAAAACAAUAUUAAAUUCAGAAAUCAGAAUUUUGCUUCUCCAAACAGGUUCCUGAUUAUUAUUGAAAUAGCCAAGGAUAUUAACGAUGAAACAUGGAGAAGGCUGAAAUCUUCCACAACCUGCAUGACACCUUGUGGCGGGAGCAAAAUCAUAAUUACCAGUCGGUCAGAUAGAAUUGUGAAUCUGGGAACAACAGAAGCACUUCGACUGGACUAUCUCUCUCAAGAAGCUUAUUGGCAUUUUUUCAAGUCGAUUGCAUUUGGAAGCACAAACCCUGGCGAGCAUCCAAAACUGGCAACUAUGGCCAUGGAGAUCGCUUUGGAACUGCGACAGUGUUUCACAAGCGCGCAUAUUGCUGCUGGGAUGUUGCGAGAUAACUUGAAUGCUCAAUUCUGGCGCACAGUUCUUGAGUGUGUAAGAGAAAGUAAACAGACAAAUCUCCUUAUGUUUGACCAGCACCCAUACCUUCGUUUGCAGGAAGAUGCACCGGUGUAUUGCUGGAGAUUGGUAAAGAGACACAGAUAUUUCUUGAUUUGCAACUAUCAUCCGUCAGAUUCCAGUGAGAAUGUCCCCAAGAUCAAUCUGCGGGACAUCAUGUUAGGAUGUGGUGGUAAACAACCCUGUGGAGAAUUUGAGGCUCUUGCAUGGAGGUCUCGCAUACCGCCCUACUACAACUACAGGGUAAGCUGUAAGAUGCAAGCACCACAACUUAGAGUAGGAAGAAAGAAGCGCGUGCAUCAAGAGGAAGAACAUUUUGUUUGA